UAGGUUCAAAAAAAUAUUCAGUGAACUGAUAAAUUGAGGUCGAUAAUAUAGGUAUUUGGCUGUGUCAAAUACCCUUAAGAUAAGAACCUCAUAACCCUAACCUAGAUAAAUUAAGAUAAAAAUACAUCAGUUUUACAUUUCAAGCAUGACUUCUGACAAUUUAUCUAAUCGACUUUUGCCACGUGUUACAAGAACGAAAGAAUUGUAGUAAAUUAUUUAUAAUGAUACCAAAUGAUAUUAUUCCAUUUGAAGAAAAAAAUGCAUUGUGUUAAAUAUUUACUAGGUAGUGAAUUUUUUAAUGUGUAAAAUCUGUAUAGUAUAUGAAUUAUCUGCCAAAAACUUGAAGAUGACAUUUCAUGUAUCAUGGACUUAUAUCAUCUGUUUCCUGGAUUUUUUUGGGAUUAGUGUUUUUAUUCCUUUGUUUUCUGGACAUUUAAAAAGUUUAGGCGCGAGCCACUUUUUCAUUGGUGCUGUUAGUUCUAUUUAUGCAGGAUGUCAACUUUUAAGUGGUCCCAUUAUUGGGAGCUUAAGUGACAGACUGGGACGGCAGAAUAUUUUAAUUUUCUGCCUUUCCGUAACUUCUGCCUGCUACUUUUUUAUGGGAAUAACUUAUUCUUUUUACUUCAUACUGUUUCUGAGAGCUACUUUAGGGACAUUUAAACACAUCCAAUCAUUAAAUCGCACAAUAGUAGCCGACCAUGUUUCAAUCGAAGACCAAACCGUGGUUUUUGGACGAUUGAAUGCAAUCGCAGGAAUCAGUUUUACAAUUGGUCCAGCGAUUGGAGGACAUUUUGCAGAACUCGAAAAUGGGUUUUCCCAUAUCUGUUAUUUCACGAGUGUCAUUUUCGUCCUAAACAUUGUGAUAUCGUACCUCUACCUCGAGGAUCCACCAAAAGAGAAAAAAGCCUCCAAAUUAAAAAAUGUAGAUCUGUCCACCUUAGUAAAAAGUAUUCCAAAAAAUCUCAUCGCAGCACUUUACGGACUUGCGAGUAUAAACUGGCCCAUCUUCUGGGAUAUAUUUCUCAUGAAGUUCGUAACUGCAAUGGCAAAGGACUCCUUCAUCAAUAAUUAUUCCAUCAAGGUUCGAGAGAGGUUUCAAGUCUCGCCAAAAUCGGUCGGAUACAGUUUGGCCCUUCAGGGAUUUUCUGCAGCAGUUGCAGGUCUCUCGAUGGGAUACAUAAAUAAAUUGCUGUACAAAGAAAAGGUAGAUUAUGAAAGACACAGUACAAGAAUUCACAUUUUUGUCACCUUCAUAUAUUUAGCUUUACUCUGCACGAGCCAAGUGCAGUUUUUCGUACUUUUUGGAAUGGUCCUGACAUUUUUCAGUAUGAUUCUCAGAGUCAAAGAAACUGAAAUGUUAUUUCAGAGAUGUCCACCGUCUCAAAGAGGUUCUUUAGUGGGAAUGGGAACUAGUAUUACAAACAUUGCUAGAAUGCUGGCUCCUCUAAUUGUGGGAAUUGCCGAAGACCUUUACGGAGUAAGUAGUGGGAUUACGUUAGCCAUAAUUAUGUCAAUUAUUGCGAUUUUUGUGUCGAUUAAAGUCAACAAUUCAAUGGCUGUGAUGGCAAAAAAUGACUGACUAAUGUUAAAAUUAUUAAGUACACUGCCUGUAUUUAUAUUUUAAUAAACAUUUAUUUUUUAU